CUCAUAAAAAAUAUACCAGCGUUUCACAUUCACGCCCUUCAUAUCACAUAAUACACAAACUCUUGACCUUUGUCUAAUAACGAUCUAGAGGUGAGCAUAUAGUAAAACUUUCUGAUUCUGUUUACAUACAUGGGUGAUGAGUUUCAAGCAACGGCAGCAAUUUGCGGUAGCGGAGGCGGUGCUUGGUGGAGCUCGCCGAGAAGCGUUAUGUCUCCUUCGGAUCAUUUCUUGUCGCCUUGUUUCGGAGCUACGAUCACUUCCGAUGAUUUUGGCUGUCAAGAGAAUAAUAUCAAAUCUAGGAAUACUUGUAAAGACAACAACAUCAUUUCUGGGCAGCGAGAGGCCGAUUCCGACAGUGGAGGAAGCACCGUGACGAUCGACUCGACGCUGCAAAUGAUGGGUCUAGGGUUUUCCUCGAACUCUUCUUCAGAUUGGAACCACACAAUUUUACAGGAAGACUUAAACUCUAGCUUCUUAAGGAGCUCACAAGAUCAUGGCCAAGGAUUCUUAUCGACAACUGCUUCACCUUAUCUUCUUAAUCCAGCUUGCUCUUCAUCUUCAUCAACUUCUUCUUCCUCGAGCUUGUUACGAACCUUUUAUGAUCCCGAACCCAACCCGUACAGCUUCGUUUCCACCACUAGCUGCUCAUUAAACAACCUUCACGCCUCUUGGGCUAAUAAUAAUAUAAAUCCUAAUCAUCAAGCUUCUCAUGGACUAAUUAACAGCUUCUCUGCCAACACAAACUCUCUACCCUUUUGGAAUUCUUCAUUAACCACUAACUUAAAUAACACGACGCAGAACAGUUAUGUAACCACUCCGCUGAUAAUACCCCCUCGCGGUGACGAUAAAACCAAGAAGACAAGAGGCCAGAGUGAGUCUUUGAAGAGAGGAAAGUACAAUGAACCUGCGUCGAAGAAACAGAGAGUUACCACGCCUUCACCCUUGCCAAAUUUUAAGGUGAGAAAAGAGAACCUAAGGGACCAGAUUACUUCAUUGCAACAGCUGGUUUCACCUUUCGGAAAGACAGAUACUGCAUCAGUUCUCCAAGAAGCUAUAGAGUACAUCAAGUUCCUUCACGAUCAAGUCACUGUUCUAAGUACUCCAUACAUGAAACAAGGUGCCCCGAUCCAUCAACAACAGCAGGAUGGAAACGAUAAUCAAGAACUAAGAGCACACGGUCUAUGUCUCGUCCCGAUAUCAAGCACUUUUCCGGUGGCUAAUGAAACAACCGCCGAUUUUUGGACACCGACGUUUGGGGGAAACAAUUUCAGGUGAAUAAAGAGAGAGGGUGUUGUGGUUGUCAAGACGGAUCGGAACAUAUGCUAAAUUCAGCUUGCAGACUCUAAAGCAUGGAUAUAAUUUAAUGAAUUUUCUUCUUCUUUUCUUGUCUUUUAAUCUAAUAUAUUUCGUAGGGAGUUUUAUUGCUGAAUUUAGCAGAUAUGGGUUGUUUUAUGUUGAAGAACCUUUUGUUCCUGUCCUUGUUCUUGAAUUUAUACAUAGACAUAUUUUUGCCGUUGGUGCCGUCUUUGUUAUUCACUUAUUAAAGAGAAAGCUCUUAGUAUGUUUCUGAUUUGUAUUUGUAUAAACUGAUCUUUCGUUC